AUGUCACUUUGUUCUUGUUCGUCAUGUUUGACAAUUCCAUCGUCGUCGUCGUCCAAAUGCAAAUGGAGUGGAUCUAGUGAUUCUUAUAGGUUAACGUCGUCGUCUUCGAUCACAACUGUUUCGACUUUGUCGAAUAAUUUUCCUCAGGGACAGGAUUGUAUAAGUGAAGAUGGUGCUGAUAACGGUCAACAAUGGGUGUUUGCAACAGCAAAAAGAGCUCAAAAUUGUCAUAUUGAAAAGAAUGUAUCUCUACAAGAUCAACCAGAUAAGAAAAAUAGCUGUAUACUUAAAGCAAUUAUGACACAAAAGCAAAUUGUUAUUUCUGAUUCAUCUACAACUCGAUCGACUAUCAUUCCAAAUAAACAUCUCUCCAUGAAAGUAAUAUUCCAUGUUUAA